AUGGCGCCACCAAGCAAGAACAGCGCACACGCCAAAUCGGCCGAACAGGAAAUCAGAGACCGCGGCUCCUCCACGUCGGGCGCCGGCCGCACGCCCGCCGAAGGGGCCACGGCCGCCGACGCCAACCCCCCGUCGACGAACGCCGGGGCCGGGUCGCAGAGCAAGGAGGAUGCCGGGCGCCCCGGGAAGAAGGGCAAGGUGCCGACGGGCGGCGAGAACUCGGACGGGUCGGCGGUGACGGGCGGGCGGCCGCGGCGGCUGAAGGCGCUGGCGGCGGAGAAGCUCGACGGCAGGGCGGGGAACCCGAGCCAGCUGGGGGAUCCGAUCAGCUUGGAGGUGGAGGAUGGGCGGAAGCAGGGCGAGAAGGGGGAUGUGGCGGAUGGGCAGAGGGGGGGGUCUGGGAGGCAGUCGAAGUUGUGA